GCUUUCUUCUGGUCAUUUUCAUGACACAGCAGUCUCUCUAUUACGUAAACCCAAUCUUCCCCGCCUCGCUUAGUCUUGCGGGGAAGUUCGUCUGUCUUCAUGACUCCAUGCGGAUUCGCGUUCUAGAUGCAACCUCAACUCACUUGGCGCGGCUCUCACUGCGAAACCGGCUUAUCCCACCAGGUCUAAGAUGGUCAAAUUCUCCAGACGGAAAGGACCAUUUACUGUAGCCGUGCUAGCCUAGCAAUGCGGCCCACCAGGUACUCAACUUCACGACAAAAAGCGUGCCAGCCUUGCGCUGCCGCCAAAGCCAAAUGCGACCGGAAAGCUGUGGCAUGUUCCCGGUGCCACCAGCGGGGCCUCCCAUGUCUCUAUCCACAGGCUCGGACGAUCCCUUCAUCCGCGCCGGGUGCUGCCGGUCUUCGUACAGUGGCCGAAGCCGAGGUCGAUACGAACCGCGCAGCAAUUACGAUAUCCGCAGCUGUGGAAACGAUCGCGGUGUUCUCGCCGUUUCGAACGGUUGCGCCAGACAAAAGAAGCGCUUUAUCUUGUGCGGGCGAUCUGUCGGCUACAGAAACUGCUCAAUCAGAGGAGGAGGCUCUGGGGCCUGAUCUGCUCGACUUCUCGGACAUGAAUAUCGUCUGCACCAUCAAUGCUGAUGACAUUGCCAAUCGAUGGCUGAAUAACUUUGUCCCAAUGCCGGAGCAACAGGCAAAGAACUACACGCCAAGGAUAUCAGCUUUCAUUCAGAGGAUUCUAGAAUCCUACGCAGAAUCUUCCGUCCGUGGCCGCAAUGUCCCCCCUUUUGUGCAUUGGUCCCAGGUAACUCUGCCAUCAAGCCACCCAUUAUCAACUUGCUUUUCCGUCAUUCGAAGAUGCAACAAGGAUGAUAUGGUAGAAGCUGAGGUAGUAGCCAAUGAACUCAAGUUAGAGAUGGCAAGGCUUUUUCAGCAACACGCAACAUACAAUGACAUGACUCUCCUUGCAGCAUUUCAAGCAUAUCUCAUUUACGCCAUGGUCAUCUUUUUUAAAUUUGGGAGAGCUUACUACCCGUUCUUACGCGAGGCCAUGAUGAACACCCAGGAACUCGCGUGUGCGACGGCGAGGAAGGGACUCACGUGUGUUUCCGAAGAAGAUGAAACGCGUCCCAGGUGGGAAUGCUGGAUUGCGGCUGAGGCCAAGAGGAGAACGCUGUUCACGAUGUGCCUUUUCGAUAGCGCUCUAUUAACACAUGACGGCCUCCCAACCCACCUUGCCACCGAGCUACGCGGUCUAUCAGCGCCAGCAUCCAAAGCCUUGUGGGAGGCUCGAACGCGGCAUGAUUGGAUGGAUGGAUAUGACUUCCAGCAGGCUGAACGGCCAGAGAGUUGGCUGACCAUUGACGAAUUAUGGCCUAUGCCUGGAGAUUUCAGCGAGGAUGAAAUCACUCAUAGGCGUAUGAGAGUCAAUGCAUGGCUGGAGGACCUAGACGAGUUUGGUGUAAUGAUAUAUGCUGUGACCAGCGGUACACACGGUACCUGAUUCUGACCAAAGGCGUUUGCUAUUCACAUCGAGGCCAGGUGUCCAAAAUACGUAUGAUAAUCUCUCCGGACCGGUCUUCUGGAUGUAACUCCCGCAAGUAUGGGGUUAGCAUAAUUGACCCCUCAGACUAUCGUAAUUGUCUCUUCCUCGACAUGUGCGAACCAGUUUCGGAACGGAUAUUCUUCUGUGCGACAGAAGCCAAUACGGCGGAACUCUUGCUGCUGG